GGCAUCGCUGAGACACGAAUUCGUAACUGUGGCCUCAAUCCUGACAUGGGCAAGGUACCUUCAUAGACGUCGUAUCUCAAGCCUCAGCCAAUUCCUCGCUCGCUUUCGUACAUUGGCCCCGACCGUCUGUCCCUGAAGCUGCAUGUUUUCGAGCACGGCCGCCAUGACACCAUUCGCUUCGGUGUAAAUCGUCGUCCAAGUACUCACAGCUGUGCCCCUCGACAUCCAGCUCGGCCGUGCACAAUUAUAUCUCUCGCCCCUUAUAAUCGUGUGCCGUGGGGCUAUGUGUACGGACGGCUCUUGUUUUAUAACGAAGUAAUAUAGAGCCUUAUCGCCUGCCACAUUUCUACCAUCUCGAUCCUAAGACCUUCGGAACACGCGACGACUAUGAGUGGUGAAUAUUCCAUGUAUCACGCCCUCGGGCAAGGCGAGCAAUUCGACCCAAACGAUCCCAAACGAACACAGCCAGCACCUCCUCAGUUCCAGCCGCCUGUCGCUCAACAGCCAUACCAGCAAUAUGGGGCGCCCGUACCUCCCGUUCAGGGUCAAGGUCAGCAGUACUAUGGUAGCCCUCCGCCCCUCGGCGGCGCUUCUCCCGCACGCACUGCGCCUGGCUUCGCACCACCCACGGCAGACGGAGCAGGACUAGCCUCUCAGAUGGCCGGUAUGUCGUUGGAUGGGCAGCACACUGUGCGGAAGAAGAAGAAGGAUCGGCAUGCUUUUCAUACCGUCGAGGCCCCCGCUGGCUCUUCGCAGCCAUAUAAUGGCAUCCCGCCAACAGGCACUCCAGCAACACAAUUCCUUAAUGCCGAUCCCUCUCUCACGGUUGGCGGGCAAUUUAUCGGUGGACCUACCUCUCCGAAUCAGCUCCCAAAUCCCAGCGCCGCGGCAUAUGGCUCUCCGUCUCCGAACCAGUUCCCAAGUCCCGUCAAUGCGCCGUACAAUCCAGCCUCUCCUGCCACGCCAGCUGAAUUCGCCGCCCGGUCUGGUCAACCCCAGGCUCCGGCAUUUGUAUCGGCCUCGGGAGGCAGCAGCAUCUCACCCGACGAGAUCCCCAGCGUACCCGUGUCUAGAGAUGUACCGCAGCAAUAUUACCUCGACAACGUCUACCCUACGUUUGAGCGCCAUGUCCCACCUCCUGCUAUCGCUUCCUUUGUGGCGUACGAUCAGGGCAACUCUUCGCCGAAAUUCACACGACUGACAAUGAAUAAUAUACCCUCUACUGCUGAGAACCUCAGCACCACCGGCCUCCCUCUGGGCCUGGUUUUACAGCCAUUGGCUCCUCUUCAAGCCGGGGAGCUAGAAAUACCCCUUCUUGACUUCGGAGAACAGGGACCUCCGAGGUGCCGUCGGUGUCGAGCCUAUAUCAACCCUUUCAUGAUGUUCCGCUCUGGAGGUAGCAAGUUUGUUUGUAAUCUGUGUACCUAUCCCAACGAUACACCCUCGGAGUAUUUCUGCGCUACGACGCCACAGGGGGUCAGGGUAGACCGGGAUCAGAGACCAGAAUUGACAAGGGGCACUGUAGAGUUCACAGUACCUAAGGAGUACUGGACGAAAGAACCCACCGGCCUGAACUGGCUGUUCGUUAUUGAUGUUACCCAAGAAGCCUUCAACAAGGGUUUUCUGGAGGCUUUUUGCGAGGGCAUUCUCUCAGCUCUUUACGCACCGGAAGGGAACCAGAGUGCAGAAGACAACGGUGAGCCAAAACCGCAAAUACCACCUGGAGCAAAGGUUGGAUUCGUGACCUACGACAAGGAUGUCCACUUCUAUAACUGCAAUCCCGCUCUGGAACAAGCCCAGAUGAUGAUCAUGCCCGACAUAGAGGAUCCCUUUGUUCCUCUAAGUGACGGCCUUUUUGUUGAUCCGUAUGAGUCGGAAGCAAUUAUCACAUCACUUCUUACUCGACUACCGACUCUUUUUUCUGAUAUUAAGAACCCCGAGCCCACAUUGUUGCCAACACUAGGUUCUUGUUUGGCCGCCUUGGAGAAGACGGGAGGAAAAAUGGUGUGCUCAUUAUCGGCGCUUCCGACGUGGGGACCGGGUCGUCUAUUUAUGAGAGAUGACGGGAAAUAUCCCGGCGGUGAAAUUGACAAGAAAUUGUACACCACAGAGCAUCCCGGCUGGAAGAAGAUUGCCGAGAAAAUGGUAGCCGCCGGUGUUGGUAUUGACUUUUUCCUGGCAGCCCCUUCUGGUGGAUAUUUGGAUGUUGCGACAAUUGGUUACGUAUCUUCCACAACGGGUGGUGAAACGUUUUAUUAUCCCAACUUCGUGGCCGGUCGGGAUAACGCCAAGCUCUCACAAGAAAUCAAACAUACUGUUACCCGCGAAACCGGUUAUCAAGCGUUGAUGAAAGUUCGUUGCUCAAAUGGACUUCAAAUAUCUUCUUAUCACGGUAAUUUUGUUCAGCAUACAUUUGGUGCUGAUCUGGAAAUCGGAGUCAUCGAUGCGGAUAAGGCAAUAGGUGUCACUUUCGGCUACGAUGGAAAGUUGGAUGCCAAACUCGACGCGCACUUCCAAUCCGCACUCCUCUAUACCACCGCUUCAGGCCAACGCCGAGUUCGCUGCUGCAACGUGAUUGCCAGUGUUAGCGAUAAUACGAGAGAGUGCGUGAAAUUCAUCGACCAAGACGCAGUAUAUACGAUCAUCGCGAAGGAAGCCGCGUCAAAGCUUUCUUCAAGUUCAAGCACUCUAAAAGAUAUACGCGAGCUUAUAACUGGAAAAACGAUCGAUAUUCUGGCGGGUUAUCGCAAGAAUUUCUCUCAGCCUCACCCACCAGGACAGCUCGUCAUGCCUGAGAAGCUUAAAGAGUUCUCGAUGUAUAUGCUUGGCCUAAUCAAAAGCCGAGCAUUCAAAGGUGGCAGUGAGACUUCAGAUAGAAGAGUACAUGAACUCCGUAUGAUUAGAUCAAUGGGUUGUCCGGAGCUCAGCUUAUACCUCUAUCCUCGCAUGAUACCUAUACAUAACCUCAAUGCUGAUGACGGUUUCCCAGAUGAGAAGACAGGUCAUCUGAAGCUGCCUCCUUCCAUCCGAACAUCUUUCAGCCGCGUCGAGCCGGGCGGUGUCUACCUUGUUGAUAAUGGACAACAGUGCCUAUUGUGGUUCCAUGCGCAAACUUCACCAAAUCUGCUGAUCGAUCUCUUUGGCGAGGGCAAAGACAGCCUUGGCUCGCUUGACCCCUAUAGUUCAACCCUUCCAGUAUUGGAGACACAGCUGAAUGCUCAGGUCCGGAAUAUCAUAGAGUUCCUCCGAACCAUUCGUGGGUCGAAGGCAUUGACAAUUCAGCUAGCAAGGCAAGGCAUCGACGGUGCUGAAUAUGAAUUCGCCAGGAUGUUAAUAGAAGACCGGAACAACGAAGCCCAAAGCUAUAUAGAUUGGCUUGUCCAUAUUCAUAAGGGUGUAACGCUUGAGUUAGCUGGCCAGCGGCGCAAGGAAAACGACGAGGGGAGUUCGAUAGUGUCUAGUUUCUCUGGUCUACGACCUGGUUAUUGGUGAGGUUACGAUGAUGAAAUCAAAAUGUUUAAAAGUUACGCAACGAACGCAUGGCAUUGGGAGGCGCAUUGAAACUUGGAUUGAGAGAGUAAAAAUAUGACGAAAUGUCAGACAAGAAUUCCCCAUGCAAACAAAGCAAGCAAUAUCCUCGUGUUGAUGUUGAUUAUUUGCCUGUUCAUACUCAUGUAAGUAUCAGGAAGAUUAUCUACGCAAUGAACUAGAGCACGAAGAGCAUGUUAUUCGUCUCGAGAUCGCUGCUUCGACUACUUGAUAACAAAUGUGAUGUAUCGCUCUCUUUAAGUUAGUGGAUCUUCUCGUGUCAUGUUGCUCUGUCGAGUGUUCAUGCCGCCUCUACUAUCUUGAGCGGUUACCUAAAUACUAGAUAUGACUUUGACUCAAAAGAGAUAGAAAAG